UUUAAAGUUACAUGAUUUUCCUCGCAUUUUUAAGUAAGGAGUUCUGCAUUUAGUUUGUAUGCAAUUAUUGUAAAAGCAUAAACUUGUAUUUUUUAGUCAGGAUUUAUGAUUGAUACUUUUAAAAAAGUUAUGUCAGUGAAAUGGAAUCUAUGUAAGAGGAGGCUUUGGAUGGAUAGUCCUUUGUUUGAGGAAGGAAACACCAUGUGUUACAGUCCAUCCAAACAUUUACUUGUGGUGGAUGAGGAGGCUAGCAGCAGUGAAGGAAACCAGCAGUUUUCCUGUCAACUUGCCAACUGUGGAAGGAAAUUUAAUUCCCAUGCAAGCUAUGAGAACCACUAUGGGUUGGUGCACAGCAGAGUAUGCCAGACAUGCCAUAAGAGCUUUCCCACAAAUCAUCUACUUGACCUGCACAUCCUAGAAUGGCAUGACACCAUGUUUGCCUUGCAAACCAAGAAAGAACCAAUGUUUAAUUGUUUGGUGGAGUCAUGCAAAUGCAAAUUUUCUACAAGAAAAGAGAGGAAAAAUCAUGUUGUGAAGAACCACAAGUAUCCCAGUAACUACAGAUUUGAUCGGAAUCCCAGUAAACAUGGCCAUAAGGAUGAUCAGUCAUUGAAAGAACAGUUUACCAGGAUACAAUUUGACACAUCAUCUGGUGUGGAAGGAGUGAACAGAAUGGAUGUUAAGGACACAUUAUCUGGUGUGGAAGGAGUGAACAGAAUGGAUGUCAAGGACACAUCAUCUGGUGUGGAAGGAGUGAACAGAAUGGAUGUCAAGGACACAUCAUCUGGUGUGGAAGGAGUGAACAGAAUGGAUGUCAAGGACACAUCAUCUGGUGUGGAAGGAGUGAACAGAAUGGAUGUCAAGGACACAUUAUCUGGUGUGGAAGGAGUGAACAGAAUGGAUGUCAAGGACACAUCAUCUGGUGUGGAAGGAGUGAACAGAAUGGAUGUCAAGGACACAUCAUCUGGUGUGGAAGGAGUGAACAGAAUGGAUGUUAAGAACACAGCACCACAGAGACGUCAGUUUUCUUACAAAGUGCCUCUAAGUAUUUGCUUUGGACAAGGAACCAGUCGAGGAUUCCAGAGAUCCAGGGAGCGUGGACAUGUGUAUAAAAAGGGACAGCACUGGUAUAACAGGUGUUCAGAAAAAAUGGACACUCAUGUAGACAUAGAAAAAGUGGAUUUACAGGAUCUGAAAGAGGCUCUUACCUAAGUCUGGAUAAAUCAAGUUUCUUUAUCAAGUUCUGUCAUGAUGAAUCAGCUCUCUUCAUACUUACUCAAAUUUUUAUGGAAUCUUGAAUUUUCUGUGCAAUUCAAUAUAUUAAGAUGACACUUAUCUAAAUGCAAAUUCCUACACAGACUUUUUUUAUAAAGGAUGAAAAUCAUCAGUACAUUACAGCAUCUGAAACCCACUUUUAUGAAGGUCCCGACACAGAAGAUUAUCCUACCUGUGGGUCGCUGAUUCUACAUUUUAGUUUGUUGAGGGACAAUUUUUUUAAUAUUGUCUUUUGCACCUUGUUACUUAUUCAUACAUGAAAUGGAUAAAAUUUCUUGAUAAUUGUAUUUUCUAUGCCGAAGAAAAAUCUAUUUUGUAUGAAAUAUGGGUCAUGACCUCUUGAGAAUAGGAGACAUGAAAUAAAUAUGUAUAUUUUGUAGUA